AUGCACCUCACUGCCCUUCUGCCUCUCCUGCUCAGCGCGGCCCUCACCUCCGCCAAGCCUCACCCAUUCAUCACACGCCGGACGACAACCACAGACACAACCAUCUACGCGUACGGAACCAACAUUUCCGGCCUCCCACUCGUAUAUGGCAUUUCAGACGGGCUUGCCUACAUAGCCGACAAUACCUCACUCCCCUCGACCCUCUCAGCAAUAACCUGGGACAUCACAACGGACACUUCCACAACCUGGAACGCCACGACUUCCAACUCGUCUUCAGUCGGCAGUUUCUUCAUCACUCCCACUUCCUCAUUCGCAGCCGCAGGGUUCACGAGCUCAAACAGCACCACGUCGUCCAUUGCCACCACGGGCUUUUCGCUCUUUGGAGAGCAAGUCGUCUUUGUCAAUGGCUCCACGUAUGAGAGCCAAUUCUGGGCUAGCACCACGGAUACGGAUGGAGUGUAUGCGUUGUACUGGAACUCGGAUGGAAUUGAGGAGGGCGGGAGCGUGCCGGUUGUGUUGAAGACUAUUGCACCGAGUGGAACGACUAGUUCUUGAGUGGUGAGGGCAGAGGCGGAGUUCGAUAGGAGGGUACUGUUUUGCUUUCUUUGAGUUACGCGGGUGCUUGCGACGAUGCCGAGUUCAGUUGGAAAUAGAGGAAAAUAGGCGUUAUCGUUGUGAUUUGACGUUGUUUUGUCCAUGAUGCUCGGUGCGAUGGCCUUUCCUGUGUUUGGGCGGCGCGCAAUGCUCAUCGCUAUUUGGAAGUAUCGAUUUCUGACCCUCAGUCGGUGACGAUUCUUUCUCAUAGCGGGGCAAAGAACGGCUCACCAAUCUGUCCAUGCUACAUCUCUUCCCACCAUUUUCAGCACCAUUCUCUUAUCACUCUCUCUAACUAAGCAUUUUU